ACGCAUGUAUUCAUUACACCCUCCCCCCCUAACACACACACACACAAACACGGUCGUUCCAUCAUUCUGUGACGACUGGAGUGCGGCAUCACAAGAGUGUUAUAGCCUGAGUACUCGUCAAUAUGGCAUUGGCGGUGCGUCUACUCAACGUUGCUGCGCUGAUUUGUGUUUUAUCCUUCAAUACAGGGGAUUGUUACAGAAGUACAAGUAAAGAUAAACAGUAUGAAAAGCUCGAUGCAAAGAUUGACAGAGUCGGAAACGAAGUGGAAAAGAUUGGGAGCCAAGUAGAAGCACUUCUCAAACAUGAAUUGGGCCACCCUUCUACUACAACUUGGAAUCCGUUGACGUUCGUCAGUGCAAACAGAAACCAUAGUUCCGAGGGUACCACUUUCACGGUGGUCUAUACAUCAAACAAUAAAUAUGCGUCUGUACACGCCAAGUGGAAAAUCACAACAAAUGAUUCUAAGACCGGAGGAGACAGCCACGUGCUCUAUUUGAACACCUUUGAGGAUAGUGAUAGUUCGGAUAACGAGCUUUCAGCAAGUAUCACAUUAAAAGACAGAGGUCUUCUGGAGCUCAUUGUCACGUCAGGAAGUUAUGAGGCGAGAUUGUCCCUGGACAAUCUCAACACCAAAAGCCUUCACCAGCACAGAAUCCCCGUCUACCAGUUUGCUGUGAUCAGCCCUAACCCACUGCUGUACUGGGGGAAAGAGGAUCCUGUGAUAGAGGUUAAGGUUCAAGGACCCAUGCGUCACGAAGCGCUCUCCAGUAUGAGCCUGAAUAUUCAAUACGAGAGCGAAGCUGAAGAUGAAAGCGAAAUCUCAGAAAGAAGAUGCGAUGUGAGACAUGAGAACCGAUUUGCAAUGUGCUCUUCAUUUGUGAAAAAGGAAUAUUGGAACUCUUUGGAUGCCGCCAUUGUGAUGAACUCUAAGCUCCAACCAAUUGGCAUGACUACUAUCAGCUCAAACAAGGAAGAGCAUGGUCAAGUAGUGACCAAUGUACGGCUCUCGAAAGUCAUUGAGGUACGUCCAGGAGAUCUCUCAGAACCGUACCCCGAUGGUGUGCAGAGAAUAACACUAUCUACUUCAGGUUGUGAGUAUUUCAGCGACACAUGCAACGUCACGUGCAAGUUCUACGGGCGUGGUUUUCAAGCACGAAGAAUGAUCAGGUCAAAUGUCGAAGAUCCCGAGGGAGUUCUGCGUCCUGAGACAUAUGAAGAGUCCUUGACAAGUGUGACGUAUGUGGCUAAAAUGAACGUUCCAGAUAUACUCUCUGGAGUUAAAGAAGAUAACAUUACGUGCAUGGUCGUCCCCUCAAACAAAUAUGAAAUUUUAUCCAGGACAGCAACCAUCGUAUAUAAGGAAACAGCAAAGUUUAAUGAAACAGACAGCUAUAUUCAACUGAAUGAAAGCCUCAUCGUACUUGUGUGCACAAUAAUGGCUCACCCUCUACCCACCGUUCAUGCAUUGUUGUACGUCACCAAAGACAAUGUAAUAAUUGACAGUCCUUCUGUUCUCAAUGUAACAGUCGUGAAAGAAAACAAUGUCACGGAGAAGCAUGUGUACCUGUAUGAAAAUGACUAUGGCCGGGAUAUUGAUCUCUAUGGGGUUUGCCGAGCUUGGGAUGCUACUGGUCCAGUCGCAUCUACAGAGGUGCGCGCUGUGUAUGUCAUCACCGAAGACGCGCAAGUGCAGUACGGCGAAGGCUCAGACAAUGACGACGCUUGAUUAACACUUUAAGGUCGAAGUGUAUUACAAAGUUCUAUCUGGCAUUUUUUGCAGUUUUGAGUUACUAAAAGCAUGAGGUCAGAAACCAAUUAAUUUUCUAUCUGCUCUUUUUUUCAGAGUCGUUAUCAAGAUACUCAAAAAAUUGCAUUCGGAAAAGCUUAACCGUUUAGUGAAACUCUAAAUGUUUUACUUCUAACUUCUCAUUACUAAGUACUGAACAAAUAGAACUUUGUAAUUCUAGGGUAGCGAUACGUCCGAUCAACAUUAAAGCUAAGACAAUGUUGCAAGCACAUUUCAAAGCUCCAGGCACUGAUCAGAAACACAAAUGUGCACAUUAUAUCGUUUGCAUGGUGUUGCAUUUUAAGUUUCAAGUGAAGAAAAAAAUUGUAAAAUCUGUGUAGGAAUAACAAUUUUAUGUUUCAUUUUUAAAGUACACCCAAAUUAGUACGUCUACAAUGGUUGUCAGUUACGACAAUGGAGGUCCUCAGUAAAUUAACCCCUUGGUGGCGUGCAUUCUGGUCAUUCCGCAAGUCUUGGAGACGUGAUGGUUUGGGACAUUUUCAACACGACUUUGUUAUUCAUAAAGGUGCUUUUAAAAAUUGGUUUCUUUUUCCAAAAACUUCAAAGCAGCAGGUAACAAAGUGCAUUGUGAAACAUAUAGCUUUCUGUUUCUCAUUAAAUGAGAAUUUGUGUUUUACUCACGGUUGCAAAUGUGCUUCAACUUUGCCUUUGGUCUGCCGCUGAUCGGACAUACAUGUCUGCUACGCUCUUAAGGAGUUAAUAAAAAGUACCAGUAGUAUAUUAAGCUUACCCACAGAGAUUAACAAAACAAAGACAAAUUAUGCGUGUCUGCUUAGGACAGCACUCUUAAAAAAUUAAGGUUUAUUGGACAGGUUUACUGCCUGUGCUAAUCUGUGACUUUGCAGAAUGAUUUUUCUUUAACUGUGAAUGUUAUGCUUUUGUAUUUUUGGAGGACGUACCGCUGGGUUUACAGACAACAAAAUUAUUCAAUAUUUGAGUUUGCCUAUGUAACAGUGACUUCCGGUUCAGGAGUUUCGUUUCCAUAGCAACAGCAGAUAUACGGAAAGUGAAAGGAAGAAAAUGUAACAAACGUUUUUAGAUGAAAGGUGAAUUUCCCUUGAAUUUUAUUUUUCUCCAUACUCCCUGCGUGUUUUUCUUUAAUGACUAACAUGCUACAAAAUGCCUCAAAUUUAAUCCCAUUAAUUUUGUCAAUUUUGCCUCGACUUAAUGUCGUCGCUGAGAAUAGUCACCUCGGUUUUUGUCCAGUGUCCUGAAUUGGUGCCGAAUAUUGGUCAGUCGUAAAAGUAUGUGUUAGAUCUAUUUGCAGUAGUUUCUGUUGGAGUAAGUUUGUUCAGAAAAACGAAAAGAGUCACUUUUUUAUCGUUU